UUAAAUAUAUUUUACUGGAAACAAUCGUAGCAUCGACGCGAUUCUAUUUGUCAGAAACUUCAUCGCAUAUUUCCGUACUUAUUUUCUAUAGUUUAUAAUUUUGUAAGUCUAAUGGAUGUAAUAGGUAGUUGUGAUCCAUGUUCUUUCUAUUUACAUGAAUUAACAAUAGCAAGACUUCUAAGGCGUCCGCCUAACUUUGAACAGCCCCCUGUUGAAGUGCCGCCACGAAUCGAAUUUCAUGAUUUUGAUCCUUCAGGCAGUUACAAUGUAACGCCAGCGUACAAUUCACAGCAGGUGGUGAAUAAUACGAAGAUGAAUCUUUCUUUGUCUAUAAAUUCCCUCUUGAAACAACAUUGGAUGACCUUUCAGAAGAAUCCUACAAAAAAGUUCUUGAAUUUGGUGGUUGUAGGCUACGAACCAAGGGGGAGGUCACCAGUACGUCCCAUGAUGUUAAACGGUGAACCGUAUUCUAAGGACGGCUUGAGGCACUUCCCUAUUCCAUCAAAGCGAAGUGAUGCAAACUCAAAAGUUGAAGAGAUGUCUCAACGAUCAUCUUCGGAAACAGAAAGAAAAUGAUUCAGAAUAGUUCCGAUUAAAGCACAAUGAACCUUU